UCUGAACGCUAUGAGCCACAGCGCUGCAGUGGCGCUGCUGUCGCGGCCUGCAGAGGAGGUGACGCUGCAGCUGCUCUUCGUGCCUCCUGAGGGCGACGACGCCAGCACUCUUGCUGAUGACCCCUUCGCUUUCAAGUAUCGCAUGUUUGACGAUGACGUGGUAAGCGUGGCAAGCAGCAACGGAAGCGUCCUGCCGUUACGGUUCGCCCUGCCACCGCCUGCCACCGACAGCCUCUCCAGGGCCUCCGUCGAGUCCAUCCGCGGUUCUUGCGACAACCUCGUCGCCGAGGAGACCUUCUCGCAGGAGUCUGGGGAUAUUCCACAAGUCGUGGACGACACCGCCACCGAAGAUUGUGAUGUGCAUCGCGACCCAAGCUUGAACGCUGAAGUUGAGCUGAAAAAUUCAUCACUUUCCCCAAGCAGAACAGACGACGACUUCGCUAACCUCAGAACUCCCGAGCUUUGUCAUCCCGUACCUCGGUCCAGCCGCAGUUAUUCUCUCAACAACGAGUCGAGAAAAAUCGAUCCUCGUACGAUUCCCUUGACCAGCAUCUCCGUUCCCGGUGAUCAAUCCAAGCUGAGCUCAAGUCCACCCACUCCCGUCCACAGGAAACUCUCUUCUUCGUCUAACGCAGGAGGAAACAACUCACGUCACAAGACGUCGUUCUCCAGAAACGUCCCCGGGACGAUUGUGGUCUCCGGUGAUCGUCAGGAAACAACUUUACGCCAGGAGAACAGAUUUCUGUUGAAGCAAUCAUCACCUACGCCAAACUCUCCGAGUUUUAUGACUCCUCUGCAAGAAUUGGAGCACAAAAUGACAACUCUCGGUGUGGGAGCGAGCUGUCCAGAUGAUGAGGCGAGACGGGAGGUUGAUGACAGCGAUACUGACGGAAACUUCGUCUUCAACGGGAAUUAUUGAGCCCGUCCAUUGUCAUCUUAACUUGCUUUAUGUUGAUUGAAUUAGGAUUUGAAGUCAACACAUCAUGUACCAUAGGCCUCCGGAAAUAUACACAAUAUAGCACUCGUACUUAAUAUUUUUCUUUAGAUGCGUUUAUUAUUCAUCAUUGCUGAAUGGUUUAAAACUUUCAUUAAUUUAUGCAAUUCAACGUUGUGAAAUUAUUGGUUCAAUAUUUUUUCAUUUACUUUCAAAAUAUUAUUCUUCUAAGUGGAAAUAACUGUAUCCAACUACGUGCUUCCGUGCGAGAUAGAAAGCGUAAUAUUUGAAUAAAAGUUUCUUUUUUUCGAGGCUCACUCAAUAAUUCGGGCUGUAAACUUUACAAAAGUAUUAUUUAUGGGACCAGACUUAAUACAUGGUUAAUUGUUAACAAUGCAAAGGCUGCAUGGGCUCUCGUUCUCUAAGUGGUUGCCUUCAAGCAUCAGUACGAAUAGGACCGCGCUGCUCGUUUAUGUUCUCGCAUUAUAGCAUAGCAUAGCAUAACAUAGCGGUUUCAG